AUGUAUGUUGUGCAAGAAGUGUUGCCCGGAGGUUCAUCUUGUAGCACGAGCAACCGCAUCAAGUGGUGCCUACUAGCAUUCGUGUCAAGGAAGCGCAUAAUUGAUUAGGUGGUAGAAGUUGAAGUAGGAGUAGAUCGACUGAAUUCGACGUGACUCAAUUCCUUUCACAUUUGAAGACCACCUAGAAACGCUUGACUAGUUUUGCUUCUGCUAGGAAUCAAAACCACCACAAAAUGGCGUCGAACAACAAAACGUCCAAGUUCCGGAUGGACACCGGGAUGGACGCCUUUAAGGCGAUCACCGGCAAGGAGCGGAGUUACCGCACGGACACCGAGCACGAGCGAACUUCCUGUGCGAACGCCGGCGGCGAGAAUUGGGGCACGGGGUUUCAGAACCAAAUGAACGAUUUGUUGGUGGACGACGUCAUGCAGCUGGCGAUAAACGACAAGUUCAAAGAGGGGGAAAAGAUGAUGAAGGGCGCCGAAGACGACGGCGAGGAGGAUGCGGGGUAAAAAGUCAACACUGCGGUCGUGCAGAUAAUCUAUAGCUAUCAAUUUCUCCUGAUAAAAAAAGUUUUUCUUGUGCCAACUCGCGACUGGCAGGGUACCUGUAUUUGUGCAAGAUUGUGAGGAAGUAGAAGAACCAGGCUGCUAUUGCAAAUAGCACCACACUGCAACUUAAAAUCAAAAACAGUGUCGGAAAGGAAAAGGAGGAGCAUGAAGACCAGCACGACGGAAAGGCAAUAGACGAUGAUGGUAUAGUACGUAGAAUUUCAUCGAAGAACUGUUGUUAGAACAGCGACAAGAAAACAUGAUCGCUCAUGCAUGUUGAUGUUGCCAUCCAACGAUGCUUGAGCUUGGUGCGGGUCCUGUUGUGCUUAGUGCCAAAUCAAUGAAAAAGAUCGACGGAAUUCUUAAACUUUCAACAUCAUAUCAGACCUCGACGCCAUCCGCCAGAGGAGGUUAGAGAAGAUGAGGGAGCAGCACAGAAAAAAGCAGGAAUACAAAGCGCAGGGACACGGUGAAUACACGGAAAUCAAGGAGGACGAGUUUCUCACGACGGUACAUUUGUUGUGCUGUGCGUUGUUCAUGCUGUAUGUCGAACAAUCUGACCCGUGAAAAAGGUGCCAUUGACGUGUAUAACUGUUGCAACCAUGAUUUUUCUACCUGGCGCAGCUUCUGCUUCUGCAUUCGCACCAGCUUCGAACAAAUGCAAUACUCACAAAUUAUUUCGCAUCAAAUCUAUCUACCACAACGCCAGGUGACAAAGUCCCACCGUGCCAUCGUGCACUUUUACCACAAGAAUUUCGAGAGCUGCAAAGUGAUGGACAUGCACUUAACCCGGCUCUCGAAGAAGUUUCUCGGCACAAAAUUCGCCUACCUCGAAGCGGAAAAGGCGCCGUUUUUUGUCAGCAAACUCGCAAUACAGACCAUCCCCUCGGUGUGUCUGUUCGUGGACGGAAAACUGGUCUUCAAGCAGCUCGGGUUUCAGAGGAUAGAUGGCGGGGAAAAGAACGAAAUCAAGACCGGACACUUGGCGCGCGUGUUUCGUGAACACGAACUGAUUGAAGAAGACUUUGAUUCCGAGGAUGAAAUUUCGUAAACUCGACUUGUUGUGCGGGAACAACCACGAUGCGUCCUAUUUCUUAGGCCAUUGACCACCGCUGUGAACAACGACUUCAAAUCAUACAGCUACCGAUGUUUAGGCUUGUGAGGUAGACGUAGGAUUUCUGUACAGAUGUCGUCCGACGGUCGAGGAGUAAAGGUGAAGUCUUUCGUUAGUACAACUUACUUCAAAAUACCGAUCCGAAUAUUUUGUUCAACCUCAGUGCUGGGUGGUCUGAGUGCCAAAUUCCUUUCAUGCUUCGUUCUCGUGCUAUACACCAUCGAUCGUUCUUCAUCGAAGGUGUAUCAGCACCGUAUUCGUUUUCGUACUACAUGGGGGCUGCGUC